UUGUUGGUACUAUUUUAUGUGGGCGAUGUAAAAACAAACAUACAAAUAAAGAAAAUGGCGGCAUUUGUAAGCAGAGCAAGAGCAGCUUCUCUCUGCUUAAAAUUUCAAUCUUUAACUACCAAAAGAAGUAGCAACCAAGCUCACUUUUUCAGAAUUCAUGCUUCUCAAUUCAUGGAUGAUGACCACAAGCUCUACAAACAAUUGGGUUUGUUUUCUUUGAAAAAGAAGAUUGAAGAUGCUGUUCUUCGGGCUGAGAACUCAGCACGGCCAGCGCUGGAUCUUGAGGAAGCUAGAUGGAUCAGGCAAGAAGAAGUGAUGCGUGAGAGUGACCUUUGGGAUGACCUUGUCAAAUCUAGUGAAAUUCUUGGUAAACUGGCUCAUAGUGCAAAAGCUGUUGAUGCUCUUAAAGACCUAAAGUAUAAGGCUGAAGAGGCAAAGCUGAUUUCACAGUUGGCAGAUGUGGAAGGCAUCAAUUACUCACUUCUUAAGCAAGCUUAUAGUGCAUCUUUAGCUGUAAACAAAAUAUGGGGUCAGUAUGAGAUGGUGAAUCUUCUUAAGGGGCCAUAUGACACUGAGGGAGCGUCUUUGAUUAUUAAAGCUGGAUCCGAAAGCCUUAAAGCUGAGAUGUGGGCAAAAGAUCUUCUGAACAUGUAUGUCAAAUGGGCCAAAAAGCUAGGUUGCAGAAGCAGGCUAGUUGAGAAGCAUCCUUCUAUAUCUAAUUACGAUGGUAUCAAGUUGGCGACUGUUGAGUUUGAAUUUGAGUGUGCUUAUGGCUAUCUUUCAGGAGAGAAGGGUAUUCAUAACAUGAUAAAUUUGCAGAGUGGUUCUGCUUACAAUGAGGUAAGCUCAGCAUGUGUGGAUGUAAUUCCUCUUUUCCUCGGAAGAAUGUAUGACCUGAAAAUCAAGGACGAUGAGUUAAUCAUCUCACCCCCUUUGCUUAGCAAGGAGAAGACCCCAACAAAACCAACAGUGUGCAUUCAGCAUAUUCCUACCGGCAUAACGGUGCAAUCCUCAGGUGAGAGAAGUUACUUGGCGAAUAAGAUAAAGGCUCUUAACCGAUUAAAAGCUAAACUCCUCGUGAUUGCGGAAGAGGAAAAGAAUUCCGAUAUGAGCAAAGAUUCCGAUUUAGAAGCGUGCCAUAAAGAAAUCAGGAGGUAUAUUUCUCAUCCUUACAAGUUAGUACAAGAUGUAAAAACGGGCAUCCAAUUGCCCGACUUAAACUCUAUUUUGGAUGGAAAUAUUGAAGCUCUUAUUAGAGCUCAUAUUAAAAGUAGAUGUACAAACUGAAUAGGCAAUUGUUAUAUAUUAUUGUUUUUCCUCUG